UAUUUUAAUAUUUCAACGUGCGCCAAUAUACAUCUAUAUCUUCAUGAAAAUUGCGCAUUUGUAAUCUUUUACGUUUCGCUCCUUAUUUGCAAGUUCACUGUACUUCCAUUGUUUACUCAGGGUUAUGAAACAGUAAGGAGCUAUCUUCUGCCGCCUAAAGAGCGUCAGUUCAAGUAAAUCAUGUCAGGAGAUGUACAGCCAAGAAGGAGGAAAGAUAAAAAGAAAAAAAAAGAUGAUUUGGGCGUAGAGGAGCCUCGUGGCACGGCAGCGACUCUUGGCGAGGGUGAUGUCUUUAUGCACUCUCAACAUGAUCAUGGCACUGGUGGACAUUGGUGUGCGAAAAUAAUAUUUUUUUCUCUUUUGGCGGUACUGAUUACACUUGUUGGAUUGAUUAUACUAGAAAAUAGAGGUCUCACUGAAUUGGAAGCCAACUCUGUUGAGUCACGAUAUUCUGGUGUUCUGGAAGGUUGGUUAGAAGAUACUCCUGAUGAUGAUCAUCAUGACGAACACACUUUAGAGUUAAAACACCCUGAUGAUGAAAUUGAAGAACAUGAUGAAUCUGAUCUUGAAGAUGAAGAAGGGCACGAUUUAGAUGAAGAACAUGAGGAUCAUGAAGAUGAUGAAGAGCACGAGGAGGACGAAGAAGAGGAUGAAAUUAUUGACAGUAACGAAGUUGAUGGUGACGAUGAAGAGCAUCAAGACGAAAAAGACGAAAACGAAGAUGAUAAUGAUGAAAGUGUAGAAAAUUUAGAUGAAACGGAUGAUGAGGAGGUUGAUGAGAAAAUAGCUUACAGUCGAUAUAGUUAUGACGAGCAGAAAUAUAAUAUUGAUGAUAACGAUGAUGAUGACGAACAAAUUAGUCGUGAAAGUCAAGAAAUUGAAGAAGAAGACGAUAAAUUAAGUAAAGAAAACGAUGAUGACCAAAAUGAGGAUGGCUCUGAUGAUGAAGAUAAUCAGGAUGACUCUGAUGAUGAAGAUAAUCAGGAUGAACAAGAUGAUGAAGACGGACAGGAUAAUGAUGAAAACUAUAUAUAUGGAAGAAAUAAACAAGAUGAAUCUGCGGAACUUGAUGAGGAAAAUCUAGAACACGACGAUGAUGAGCCAGAGGAUGAAGACGAGAUAGAGAAAAUCGAAAGGGAAUUCAAUGAUGACGACGAGGGUUCGGAAGAAGUUCCACUCAAAUCGUCUCAUCAUGACAAAGAAGAUGAAGAUGUAUCAAAAGAAGAUGCUACACAAGAGGAAGAUGAAGAGGACGAAGAUUUCUUAGAGGCGGACGAUGAUGAACCACCCGUGGAGCGAAUCACAACGCCACCGGCUGGGAAACCUUUUGUUGAGAUAGAAGAAGAAACAAUAGUAAAACCUAUCGACACAUUAGCCGAAGAAGAAGAGUAUGAAAGGAAGCAAGAAGAAUUGCGUAGAGAGGAGGCUGAAGCAUCCCACAUGUGGCUGAAGCUGGCGGUGGGCGGCGCGCUGCUCGCGGCCACGCACGCCGUGCUGCGGCGCGCCACGGCACGCGAUGCCCCUGAACCGGAACCGGAAGAGCCUACAAGACAGGAGACGGCUCCUAUGCCCGACCGAAGGAUGACUCUUGUUUCUGAAGAACCGUCGACGUAUGUAGCACAAAGGCAACCGCAACCAGCUCCACGUUCAAUAAGUGACGAGCACAUUUUCAAAAAACCGGCUCCUGUGGUAAUGUCGGCACCAAUAACGAAACAAGAUAUUGAACGAGAAGUAAACGAAAAAAAAACAUUACGUGAUCAGGAGAUUCCAGAAGACAAAACAAAGGAUGAAGAAGAAAAGGAGCUGUACAGUGAUGAUGAAGAAAUCGAAGAAGAAGAAGAGGAGGAAGAAGAAGAUAUUGUUAUCCCAACAAAAAUAACUACCCAACAGAAGUCUCCGAUUCUAAAGACAGAACAUAAGGAAGAAGAAUCAGAACCUGAAGAAGUUCCCGAUGAUGUCGAAAUUAUAGACGACGAACAAAUUGAAGAAGAAGAAGAGGAGGAGGAACAAGAUGAUGAAGAAGAAAUUUCUGAUGUUGAUGAUACGGAAUUGUUAAGUCGAUUAGAAGCUAAAUAUGGUCGCCUCCCCGAACCGGAGAGACCCGGAAAACACAAGGAAGGUGGAAAUAGUAUAGAAGAUGAAUGGCCAGGUGAACCCAGCCAGUCGUACUGGCGCGAACAGCUUGACAUCGCUGAAGAAGAACUACGCCAGGGCGCGUGGGCGGCGUGCGAGCGGCGCGCGGCGGCGAGCGCGCUGGCCGACAGCGGCCGCGCGCGCUGGAUCGCGGCGCGCGCGCUCGACGGCGCCGCCGAGGCGGGCAAGGACAACCGACUCCUCUCCAGGGCCAUAGCCGCAUACAUACAUCUUCUCAAAAUGAACGAGCGUCUCUCGGAUGCCAAGCUGCUGGAAGUUGCCCGUCGGGCCAUAGAUAGAAUACAAUUUAGAGGGACGUACCUGAGUGCUGAGCCUAUUUACAGGCUUUUAAUAAGAAGAUUCCCUCACGAUGUCAACCACAGGAACAAUUUAACCGUUACCUUUCUAAUGGCUAACAGAGCCGACUUGGCAAGUGAGGUCCUUCAAGACACGCUCCGACUGUGGCCCAACGACCGCGUCGCUCUAGCCCAUCACGGCUUCGUAAUGAAGAACCACUACAACAACCUAGAGGAGGCGGUCGUCUACCUCCAGAGAGCGCUAGAGGACGACGCCGGCCCGCCCGACGCGGCGCGCUUCUACUACCACCUGGGAGACGCGCUGCUGCAGCUCGGCCGCCCGCAUGACGCGCAGCUCGUGCACGCCCGUGCCGCCGCGCUCGGACACUUCCUGUCCGCCGCGCAGCGCUCCCUCUACAACGUGCCGCGCCUGCGGGGCCGGCCAUGGUGGCCCGUCGAGGACACCCCGUACGCGGGCCUCGCGCGGGCGCUGGAGAGGUCGUGGCGGGACGUGCUUCGGGAGGGCGAGGAGGCCGGCGCGGCGUACGAGCGCGAGAAGGAGGGACUGAUGGAGCGUGGCGAGUGGUCGCAGCUGGAGCUGUUCGUGCGCGGGCGCGAGGUGGGCGGGCGGUGCGCGCGCGCGCCCGUCACGUGCGCGCUCGUGCGCUCCGAACCGGCCGCCGCGGGCUGUCGGCGCGGCCAGGUCAAGUUCAGCGCCAUGCGCGCCGGCACGCACGUGCGCGCGCACGUGGGGCCCACCAACUGCCGUCUGCGCCUGCACCUGGCGCUCAGCAACACGGACGGCACCUACAUCCGCGUGCACAACGAGACCAGACAGUGGCGCGUCGGUAAAACGUUCAUAUUUGACGAUAGUUUCGAACACGAAGUCUGGCACAACGGAACUGGGACCCGUAUCGUACUCAUCGUCGACUUGUGGCAUCCCGAUCUAACCGCUGCAGAGAGGCGGCAACUCCCCGCAAUUUGAUGUACCAAACAUAUCUUUAAAAAACGGGCUAUAAUUAUAAUUAAAAAAUUUACAAUUCGUCUACUGAAUGAUAUUUUAUAAUUUUUGACGAUACAGUGAAGAUUCGAUAUUUGCAUCCGUAAUAAUUUAAUUCUUAUAAUUAGUUAUAUGUGUAUGUAUGCCUGUAGUCAUAACGCAACGGAGAUCAAAGAUGUUGAUGAUAAUUAUUUAGUAUAAAACAAUGUUUAUGAAAUAAGAUGAAAGUGGAAUCUCUCGAAUAUUUGAAUCUAUACUGUAUUGACGUUUAUAUAUUUGUAAAUCAUGAUCAUGCAUUUCUCGUUCUAUUAUUUAUUUUAAAUAAAUUCCGUAUUAUGUAA